AUGUCUACCUCGACAUUGCCUCCACUCAACCCGUUGCUGAAAGUGUGCGGGAAGCGCACGCGAGAUGUGUUUGCUUCAUGUCCGGACGACAGCAUACAGGAGAACCAAAAAGUCAAGAUGAACGACGAAUACCGGGACGUCCGUGAGCUGCCUGCAUCGUUAUUGGCACAACAAGGCGCUGUCGGCCCGUCAAGACCAAAGGAGCAACGGAAAGCCAUCACCGCAGGACCCUCAGAAGAAACAGACCCGUCUCGUAUAAUCGCCACAAUAGACAACAAACCCGUCCAACAACCCUCUACAUUCACCUCCUCCAGCAACCUUUCACGCGCGCUUCAACUGCACAAAACCACGCGCACGAUCAACCGACGGCACCUCGGCUGGGUGCGCAGCGUCGCCGUCGAGCCCGGAAACCAGUGGUUCGCGACCGGCGCAGGCGACCGGGUCAUUAAAAUCUGGGACCUCGCCUCUGGCGAGCUGCGCCUGUCGCUCACUGGCCACAUCUCGACCGUGCGCGGGCUGGCGGUGUCCUCACGUCAUCCAUACCUGUUUUCAUGCGGUGAGGACAAGAUGGUGAAAUGCUGGGACCUGGAGGCGAACAAGGUCAUCCGGCAUUAUCAUGGUCACUUGUCGGGUGUGUAUGCGCUGUCGCUGCAUCCGACAUUGGAUGUUCUCGUGACGUCGGGGCGGGACGCGUCGGCGAGGGUUUGGGAUAUGCGGACGAAGGCGCAGAUUCACGUAUUGAGCGGACAUACCGCGACGGUAGCGGAUGUGAAGUGUCAAGAGUCGGACCCGCAGGUUAUCACAGGUAGCAUGGACUCGACAGUCCGGCUGUGGGACCUCGCAGCGGGAAAAACCAUGGUCACGUUGACGCAUCAUAAGAAGUCUGUUCGCGCCCUGGCGAUCCACCCAACAGAGUACUCUUUCGCGUCAGCAUCAGCCGGUGGCAACAACAUCAAGAAGUGGAAGUGUCCCGAGGGAACGUUUGUGUGCAACUUCAGCGGGCACAAUGCCAUUAUCAACACAUUGUCUGUUAACUCGGAAGGCGUGUUCUUCUCUGGAGGUGACAAUGGGGCCCUCACGCUAUGGGAUUACAACACUGGGACAGCAUUCCAAAACAUGGACGAUAUCCCGCAACCUGGCUCGCUCGAGGCGGAGGCUGGCGUGUUCUGCUCAACAUUCGACAUGACCGGUACACGCUUGAUUACCGGCGGUGCGGAUAAGACCAUUAAGGUUUAUGCUGAGCAAUCGCAAUGA